UUGAAAUACAUUAGAUAAAUUCAAGAAUUUAUCGAGACAACAUUGAUUUAAUCUCUCAAAAAAAAAAAUUUAAGAUGGCUGUCAUGAACAACAUAAUUAUCGUCAUAUUCCUCUUUCUUGCCCUGGUUUCUCAAUGUUAUAGCCAGUGCGACCAGUUUCUUGAUCUUCAUUUUACGCAAAACCCAACAGGGGCUAAAGUACAAGGAAAGCCAGAGUGGCUAGUAAAUAUAAGCACCACAUGUGUUGUAUGUGAUUUUCGGGAAGUAAGUAUAUUUUGCUUAGGAUUUCAAACCGUGGAGCCUAUAAAUACAUCAAUUUUGGGCAAAGAGAAAGGAGGACUUUGUCUUGUUAAUAAUGGUCGACCUAUUUCUAGAUCGCAUCCUGUUACCUUUAAAUAUGCAUGGGACACCUCUUUUAAUUUUCCUAAUAUAAUUUCCAAGGCAAAAGUUGUUUGCUUUAAUUGAUUUUAUAAUACUUAAACAUCUCUUUGUAUACUUAUAUUAUGUAAUUGAAGAAUAAAAGUUUCGUACUAAAAAACAGAAAUAAAAGUGAAAAAAUAUUAUAUA